AUGACAGAAGAUAACUGCUUCGUUUAUGCUUGCAUUCAGGCUGGAGUAGAUGGAGAGACUAUUGACCACAUUAGAGAAGUCAUUCGUGUUAGAGACUUUCCUCAAAGUAAAGUACAAGAAAUUUCUGAUGCAACAGGUAUAGCAUUUAAUGUUACCAUUGGUUACUUCAAUGACUCAAGACAUAAUGAAAUAAAGAGAUACAUACCAAAAGAAUGUGAAACUGUUCGAAGUAUUGACUUACUUCUUGUUGAAGACCAUUACAUGUUAAAUGAAAGAUUACCUAUGACAACAUAUUUCAUUCGAAACUAUAAAGAAAUUCUCAAAGCUUGUGGUGGAAUGAACAUUGAGAAACAGAUGAAGAUUUAUACAAAGAGAGAAGAUAAAUAUGUAGUUCGUUAUGAUAGAACAACACCGUUAUGGGAUGUUAUGAAAAUAUUGUGGGAGUGCAAAUAUUUUGAACCUAUUUCUUAUGGAGAACUUUUCACAUAUACGACUGACUUAUAUAAACAGAACCUUGCACCAUUUAAAGAUUUGACAUAUGCUCCAAAGUAUUGUGUACAACUGAAGAAGAAAGCCGAGUCAAAAGAAGUAAAUAAAAAUAAGUGCAAGUUCAUUCCUGAGCACGUUUUCUUUGCUGACUUUGAGUGCAGUACCGAUGGCUUUCAUAAAGCUUUUAACAUAUGUUACGACAGUGAAGAUGGUUCAGUGAGUGAAAGCAUUUGGGGUCAGAACUGUGCAACAGAAUUUUUGGAGCGACUUCCUGACAAGAGUUUAAUAUAUUUCCAUAACCUCAGUUAUGAUAUAAACUUCAUCUUAAGACACAUGACAGAAGUGAAAGGAACUCCCAUCAUUAAAGGUUCACGAACAAUGCAAAUAACUGGCUUAUAUAAAGGAAGGGCAAUUAUUAUAAAAGACUCUUACAGUGUUAUAAAUAAGAAGCUUAAACUAUUUCCUGCUAUGUUUAACUUACAAACAGGACCGAAAGAAGUAUUUCCAUAUAACUACUACAGCAGUGUUUUGUUAGCAAAUGACAACAGAACUGGUGUCAUUUCUGAAGCAU